CAGUAAAUUAAGGUACUAAAGUGCAAACAAUCCGAAAAAAUGCUCAAUUGUGGUAUAUGUAUUUAACGUAAAAGUGAAUUCAUUUGGGGCCUGUGUUCGAGACCCGAGCAGGGAUCUCAGUAUGGAUGAUGGAUCUAAGAAAAGUGAAAAAGCAACAACAUCUUUAUCUAUUGACAGAGCUGCUUUUUUAAUACUUCGUGUUAAGAAGGCUUUUAAGAAGAAGCGACAACAACGAAAGGACAGACAAGCUGCGCAACAAGCUGCCGCUUUAGCAGCGAAUACAAGUGCUGGAGAUCGAAAAGGUCCACCACCACUGUUACGUUCACGAACACUGCCAUCGAUUAUAGUUCCUGGAAUAGCAAUUUUGCAAAAUCAAAUCGAUUCGUCACGUUUAGUACCAGGUGAUGGCUACAGUGGUAUCAACUUUGCAGCACGGCUGUCACUACAGCCACGACCAUCAAGAAUUUCCCUAGCGAGUGACGACAGUUCAUUUGAAUACCGUAGAAAGUCAUCUGGCGGUUCCCAUUACAGUGUAUCAUCGAGCAACAAUAACGCUGAUCCCCAUAUUUACGCAUGUGAUGAUGUUGAACGUCAUCCAGACGGAACAGUCGUGUUGCGAAUUCCUGCACCACAUGUUGUGGCUGCGCGUGCAUAUCGUAUGUCCAGUUCAGCGGGUCUUUUGGGAGUGGGAUGCAUAUCGUCCAGUAGUACCUCACAGCAAUAUAAUUCAUCAAAUGCGUCUUCGUUUCAAGAGAAGACGCCGCUGUAUCGAUUGGCAAAGCUGUUAAAUCAAAAUAUAAAACCAAGUCAGUGUCCUAUUUUGAAAGACGAAACACCUAGACGAUUGUCGUGGGAAAGAAGGGAAAAUGCGGCUAACAAUCGUCUACCAAGAUCAGCUAGUAUUGAUUCAAUGGUUGAAGCAGUUUGGAGCGAAUCAUCACGUCCAUCUCUAACGGUAGAUCCGCCCGAAUCGUAUCCACAAAAUCUGCAAACAUUAGCAAUAAACAAUGAAAGUUCAAGUCGCAGGGAAAGUUUACUAAGUCCAUCCUCGGGUCGACGAACAAAGCAGCACCGAGGAAUUAAUUCACUUUUCUCAGCAGUAGAAAAUGGUCAUUUGGAUAAAGCAAGAACAAUAUUGGAGUCAACAGAUGUGGACGUAAAUAGCUUAAAUAGUGACGGUCUUUCACCAUUGGAUGUAGCGGUAUUAAGCAAUAACCGAUCGUUGACUAAAAUGUUACUGGAACAUGGUGCUAUUGAAGGAACUCAACUUAAAAAUUCGGAUUCACUUGGGAAUCAUUUGAAUUCGCUGCUUCAUGAUGCUGAAAACAGAAUUCACGAAUUGGGUAGCGGUGCUGAGGAUAUUUCUCAACCCCCAUUCAGUACUAGAGCUUCUUUUUCUAGUAUUAUUGGUAAUGCAUAUCCAGGUCCCUCAGUUACUGGCUGUGCUGGAAAUGAAGCGGACAAACAAAUUGGUAUUUGGGAACGUCGAGUCAAAGGUCUGAGACGGAUGCUUCUAGGAUGGGAUCAAGUGAAGCCGCCGGAUCCGCCCCAUUGUACAACAAUUGACGUUACGUCUAAUAAUUCGGUGACAAUACGAAUACAAGAAUCGACAGAAGGAGCAAUCACAACCAAAUUUAAAAUUCAAUGGUCAACGCGUUGUGAUUUCAGCAAUAUAGUUGGAGACCGUGAAGUAAAUGAAUGGAACAGUUUUCAAGGUAUUAUGGGUUCGGCAUGUCGGAUUAGUGAUUUAACACAAGGGCGCCGAUAUUUCUUUCGGGCAUGCUGUGGUAAUGUAAAGGGAUGGGGCCAAUAUCGUCAAUCAAUUCCAAAUAGUGUGAUUCCGUCAAGCUGGAGAGAUAUUGAGCACAAGGAGUCGAGAUUUACUGGUAGACAACGAAUUUUAGAUGAUUUAUUUACCGCUGUGCGAAUGGCCCGACCAGAGGACGCGUCAGAAAUACAGUUAGAUAUACCAGCACUGCAACGAAGAAACCCAAAGAAGAAAACUACAAUCAAACAACUGUUUUCAGCAGCAUCGAAAUUUCAGAAAACUUUAAAAAGGGGAAUAUAUCUUGCCUGUAUUUUGUACCACGAAGACAAAGUAUUAGUCACAAAUGAAGACUUUUUGCCAGUUGUCGAAAUCGAUGAAAAUUAUCCCAGCUGUCUUCAUACCGAUUACAAUUGGUUGAUGAAGGUGGCCUGUACGUGGGAUGAUGUUAAAUCGCUACGAAACGAUAUGGAAAAGAAUCCGACAUCAGCCGUACAUUUUCGUACAAAACUUCUAUCAGCCGUUUGUCAAAUGCAAUCUGCAUUAUGUAUACAAGAUCUGGGCCAGUUGUACCACAAACCUCUACGGGAUUCGAUGGGAACGAUUGUCCUUUCCUGCAUAAACAAUGUGAAAAGCUCCAAGAGUGUGUCAGUUCUAAAUUCACGUUGGAUUCCACUGAAUAAAAUUCAAAAAAAGCUAAUCGCAAUACACGAGGAUAAUAACAUAAACGAAAUUCUACUCAGCUCAAUUCAAGAUCAAAUCAGUUACCAUCAAUCGUCGGCCAUCAAAUUAGCGAAAGGCCUGUACAUAGGUUAUUUGAAGAUGCAAAGUUCAGUGGAUCAAAUUCAGAUUGUGGUCCCAACGAAAACACCGAAUGUUCUUCCACACUGCAAAAUUAGAGAUAAUCCACACAUAUCGGCAGAAGAAUGGGAUUUUCUUCGAACGAAUAAAGCGAGAAGUUCAUACGAAAUGGUACAAAAGGAACCGACUGACGUGCAGGAAUUGUUUUUAGAGUCUUUAAUACAUGCUGCACAUCGAAUUUUCAAAUAUAUGGAAAUAUCAUCCGAACAUGCACUAGCUCAUCGGCUCUAUAAUUUUGAGGUUAUGGAACUUAGUCCAGAGGUAAGCUUUUUGGUCGUAUGUCCACCCGCCGAACUGUCAUGUGCUGUACCAGGCCAACGGGAAAUGCUAUUACAACGAGGAGAUUUGCUCAGUUUGCCAAUUCAGGUCUUUGAAAUGGUUCAUCUGAAAACCUAUCACAGUGGAAUCAUUCAGAAAUACUCCCGAUUGUCUUGCAUUCUGGAACUGGACACCGUGCUGGCAAAUCAUUCGCAUAGAGAAGCUUUUUCAUCUGUUGAAGUGCAGGCAGCUAAAGAACGUCUCAACAAACUUCAAGACCUGUCAAAAAAUUUGAAUGAAGUUUGGAAAGGUGCUCGUUGGCUGAUGGAUGUUAUAAGUUUUGCUCGUGAUCGAUGUACGUACUUAGGAUUAAAUAUGAAGGAAAUUCUUGAGAUAAAAUCAACGAACUGUGAAUAUUUGGACGAAGAUAUCACAAAUAAACUCCACCUGCUCCAACCACCGACUGUACGUGAUAAUAAAUUAGCAAAGGGAUUACCUGGUCGAGGAAGUUGGCCAGGUCCAACAAAUUUACUUGGUGGAAAUGGACUGUUCGUAGCUGAACAUUCAAAAUCAGAGCAACAAUUGAGUCUGACUAUGUCAAAUUUAGGCUCCAGAUACCUUAGCACUGCAUCGGAAUUUGAUAAUUCUCGGAAAAACAGUGCCGACUCAAAUUACUCCCACUCGGGUAACAGCUACUAUUCGGCCGGUGAAGCUGCAGAGCCAUUUGUUCAACGCCUACCACCAUCUCGGUCUGAAGACACAUUGACUGCAACGAAGCAUUCACCGCCGUCACUCCAUCGAAAGCGGUCAAUAACAGUGAAUGCAAGCAUGUCGUCUUCAAAUUCUUUGGGAUCGAAGGAUGCCCAAAAGAGCACCGCUUCCACUACUGACGCAGUACAUGGCUAUGACCAACCGUCCGCCACAUCUAUAACACCUACUCACAAAUCUAGAUCUGUCCGCGAAUCUGUAAAGUCAAACAGACCACAUGCUGUAGAAAACUAUUUAGAGCGAUCAACCUCGUCCAAAUCCAGCAAAACCAAAGAUAUUACGAAAGAAGAUCUGCAUAUCAGUGAAGGUGAUUUGUCGAAAGCCGGCAGUAGCUCAACACAAUCGGGAACGAUACAAGUAUAUGCUGCAUAUGAAACUGGUCUGGCGAGCGGCAUUAAUUUAAAAUUGCACGUAACCACCGCAACAACGGCUCGAGAAGUAAUCGAUUUGGUUGUAAAACAAUUGAAUAUGGCUGUCGUGUUAAAGGGUAAAGAUGGCCCGAUCUAUACGAAUGCUAAAUUGGAGAAUUUCUGUUUGGUUGCCGUUAUUGGUGCUAGAGAAAGAUGUUUGCGUGAUGAUUUCAAACCGUUACAGUUACAGAAUCCAUGGAAAAAGGGUCGUCUUUAUGUCCGGCAGAAACACGAACUUCUUGCUGCUAUUGAACAUUCCAACCGAGACGCUCAAUUAAUUUAAACAAGAACGUGCAAAUUCAUGCACAAAAUACCAUCACCGACCGCCACCAACAUCAGCAACAUGGUACCAUUUUAAAUUCUAGUAUCAAGUACAGUUUACCAUUAGCCUUAGCCCCCUUUUAUCCCCUAGCAUAAGUUUUAUUAAAAGUCUGGUUUUAAAAAAGAUGAUUAAAAGAAGACGGUAAAAUUGUUGUAAAAUCUGUUAUUGUGUAUAAAUGUUUUUAUCAUCGUGAUCUAAAUGUGAAGAGAUGAAGACGAUUUUAAUGUCAAUGUUACUGAAGAUGUGAUUCCGCCGAUACGCCGCCGUUACCACCAGCCCCUCCAAUAUUGACACGGAUCGAAGAAACUCUAUAGCUAUUUUGCACUAGUUAGUAAAUGGGCUUGUUUUGCGCACUAGAUGUGAGUUUGCCGAUACGAGCGGAGCGAGUUCGGCAACACAUCGUGUGCGCAAAACCCCAUUUACUAACGUGUUAGCAACAAGAUUUUAUCUACUGUAUCUACUGUAUCAACACAAAAUCGUGCUACACAUGAUCGUAGUAGGAUUCUGUCAAUUGCGUGCGCACAAGUUUCUAUAUUGGUUAUAUGCAUAAGGCAUAUAACUAAAUAUAUAAACUUAUGCGCACGGAAAUUUUCGUGUGUAAAUUGACUGUCUUUGCUAACUAGAUUCAUGCUGAAAAUUAUGAAUUUUUUCAACUUACAGUGGAUAAAAUAGUUUUUUUUUAAUCAAUCUAAAAUUUAAGAUGAAAGUAUUUGAAUUAUUUUUGUUUUAUGUAAAAGAAGAACGAAAAACA